AUGCCGAGCAUGGCCGUGCCCGCGGGUAGCCAGGCCCAGGUGUAUCCAAUCUCUCGCCAUGACUCGCGGUCCAUGUGGCCGCGUCCUGAGGCUCGCUCUGCCAGCCCCUGUGGCCGGGCAAUUUGGAUGCACGGUAUGAGGCCCGUUCCAACGCCAGUGCUCACCUUCGGAACACCUCCUCGCACUCCGAGGACAGUGUUGCACGUGGCGCACAUGGGCAAGCCUGACCGGCCGGCCUGGACAAGGCAGAUGUGGACCGCGCCCAGGGUGUGUCCUUCAGCCGCACAUGUGCAAAGCUUGAGAGUUCUCAAGGCUCCGGAGACCACUGGGAUCAUGAGGCCUCGGCGCCACUCCGCGCCCUUGCAGCCUUUGCAGCCUUUGCAAAGUUGCGUGGCUCCGGUAUCUGGCUCUGCUCAGCUCAGACCAGGGGGGCCUGUCCUGCAGGAGUCUCGUCAGCACUUUGCGCCGGGUGUUUCGGCCGCAAGGCAACCGACGCCUGAGCGAGGAGCAUUGACAGCAAUGCGGCAGGAUGCAAUGACGUCCUCGCAGUGCAUCACGAAAUCUGCUGACUCUUUGAGCUCUGGCUGCUUCAGAACUAGCCCUGGCGCAUGCAGAUGCGUCUGGGCAUCACCAGCGACGCCGGUCCGCCUGAUGCCAUCCGUUCAAGAUGGACCCAUUGUGAUGGUGUCACCCCAGACGAGCCACCGGCAAGUCAGGAGUGACCUGGACACUACCGUCGCUACAGCCACUACCGUCACUACAGCUACUUCACUGGCUCCCAGGACGCUGCAGUCUGACGACAAGCCAUCCAAGACGAUGAGAUCUUCGUCUUGCCAGACGUCGCACGUCGACCAAAUACGGAGCGAAAUGAUGGAGCUUUUGGAGGAGAGGGAGCGCUGCCAUCAACGGCAGCUGCAGAACCUCCACAGCUUCCAGCAGGAGCGGGAACGGGACCACCAGCGCCAGCUCCAACAAAUGCGCAAGACGCACGAGGCAGACAUGAGGAGACUGGAGGAGAAGCUGUGCAACUUACUGGCCGAAAGACAGGAGAUUGGUUUCUUUCGUGGAGUUGCGAGUGGCAGUGCUGCCACGCCACCUCCUGCCAAGGCCGCCUCAAGGAUCGGCAGCCGGGAAGAGGAUACGGACACGCUCCUGUACACCGAGCCGAGCCUGGACAGGACUCUGUCCCCCAUCGAGGCAGAUUGCUCGCAGGAUCUGGCUGCAAGUCCGCUGAGCCAGGCCAGCUUUCCGUCAUCGGCCAUCCUGGGGUCGGAGAGCUCUCCGAUGACGAGGAGUAUUAAGAUGCUCCCGCCAGCUGACUCACAGGUGCCGCCCCUCCCUGGCAAAUGA